CUCGUUACGACGAGCUUGGAGAAAGCUAAGAGAUUCCUGGAUAUGAUGAACGAAGGGCAUCCGGAAUAUGGCUGCAUCAUAUCCCAAGAAAAGACGAUGACUAAUUUCGACUAUGGUGCCGAUAUCCUCAACUACGUGGAUCCAGCAAGAAGA